CUGUCCUUCUCCGGAGAAGGCUGACGACUAUUGGAGUCACUACAGCUGCUGCUGCUGCUGCUGCUGCUGCUGGAGAAGAUUUGCAUGAGCUGGUUGGACAAUCCCGCUCCCAAAGCCAGUCUCAAAUCCAGGCUCCAUCUUUUCGCGCCAUCCUUAGCCAUUAUUUUAUUUACCAAAUGCCCAUAUCCCUCCGCAGGGUCAGAGAGUAUUUUGAAGAAAUUGUCAAACGAUUUACGUGAUAUUUUCUUCAUGUCUCGUUAUCGAUGUUAUAAAACGCGUGUCACACUCGCGAAACAUCCCUUUCACCACCGGCCACGCCGAUUUGUAAAGAUUUGAGUGCCGUUGUUGCGGUAGAGGGAGGCGGGACUAGUUUUUGAGGAGCCUAGAGGGGCUGUGCUACGGUGCCACUUAUCAUUAGAUAUGGCCACCGUUAUAGAGUACACCGAAGCGUCAUCUUCAACUUAAUUUUUUUGUGAUAUUUCACAGUGAUUUCGCUGCUCGGCCACUGUGGCAGGCGGGAUGUGAUUUCUGGCAAGCUGACGUUUGUUUUCACCUGUCUCGGGAGGCGGUUGUUACUGCGUGGCAGGCUGGCUUGCCGAGAGUCUCCUAACUGACUGGCCGCUUGGUCCCGCAGCUUGUCGAUGCUGAAGAAAAUAGAACCAGUUGCCAACCAAGCGGUCGGCAACCAACGUUCGCGUCGCGCGUCGCUGUACAUUCGUUGAGGAGGAUCCUCUGCGUUUAAAGUUGCCGUUUCACGGAGAGUUGACUUUUUUUUUUUUGUUUUUUUUUUCUGCUUUGCUUUGCUGCAAGCGCGCUUGGACUUCGGCUUUGAUUUGUUUAUACUGUUUAAUGGUAAGAACAUUUUUUUUUUUUUUUUUACUUGGGUGGCUAACACCAACUAGCUAUAUAAGCCGAACUCGUGCGACGACAGCUGUCAUUGGAGAAAGGAAAGUGAUCCCCCCCUCCACCACCACCUCCUUCUCCUCCUCCACCUCCUCCUCCGGUCCAAAUGCGUGAGCCAGUGAAGCGGUUUUCUGUUGGAUUUACAUCAUCUGCCUUUGCAUCAAAUGGGCAAAGUUGGGAAUAACAUUGCAACGUUGGGAUACGAUGAUAUGCGUGAUGCAUUUUUGAGAAUCGCGGUGUUGCUUCAUUGGAGAGAGGCUAGCUAGCUAAAAGAUUAGCUCGCUAGCUAGCUGGGUGAUUACAAAAAAAAAAAAAAAAAAAAAAAAAAAGUGCGACGUUUCAUCCCUCAGUAUUUUGGACAUGAAGAGGAUAAUUCGCUAUUCAUAGGGGCUGGAAGGUAAGCCACGAAUGUCAUCAGAGGAUAAGACUGUGGAACCCUCUGACCAGGGACCCUCACCGCCCUCAAGCAGUGUAGGGGCCACAUCCACAGGAAGCCCUGCCCACGCAGACAAGCGACCACGUGGCAGGCCACGCAAGGAUGCUGCUCCUAUCCUACCCCAGGCCCCACCCUCAUUUACAUCUAAGAACAGAAAGAAGGGUCGCACCAGAGGGAGGGUUGUUGUGGAUGAGGAGGACAGCAUGGAUGGGACUGAGAUAACAGAGUCCAUAGGCCCUCAGGACACAGAAAUGCCAAUCCAGCCAGUGGAAACCAUGGACGUGGUGAACACUGAGGUGCCAGAGGAGGACAAGCCCUCUUCCCCUCUGGCCCAGAGCCCUCCAGCUGAGAGUUCAGCAGGACCAUCUGUCCCAGCGAGUAAAGAAGUUAAAAGCAGUGAGCGUCUCUGUGCCUUCUGUUACUGCGGUGGUCGUAGCCUGCUGGGUCAGGGGGAUCUGCAAGUAUUCAGCACCACUCCUCAGCUUGAAGCACUCUUAAGCCACAAGGGUGGAGGAGGCUCGACGAGCGAUAGCGGUGAUGGUGAUAAAACCACUCAGCCAAAAAUGGCCGGAGAGACCACCUCAGGACAGAGGGAAAAGUCAAAUGGGUCUGAAAACUCCGAGGAAGAACCAGACCCAGCCAGUCGAUUUUGGGAUGAGCUUUCUCAUGUCGGCCUUCCACAAGAUCUUAAUGUCCAGUCUCUCUUUGAGUCAGGGCAAUACUGGGCACAUCAGAGUUGUGCCUUGUGGUCCGAAGGUGUUUGUGAGGGCGAGGGACAAUCUCUGCUUAAUGUGGACAGAGCCAUUGACUCAGGGAGCACAAAGCACUGUGCAUACUGUAAGCGCCUUGGAGCAUCCAUUAAGUGCUGUGCUGAAGGAUGUGCUCAAUUCUACCAUUACCCUUGUGCGGGGGCAGCUGGGACUUUUCAGGAUAUCAGGAGUCUCUCACUCCUCUGCCCAGAACACACUGAAUUGGCCAUUCACAAAUUUGUAGAUGAUGUAAAUUGCGCGCUAUGCGAUAGCCCAGGGGACCUACUGGACCAGCUCUUCUGCACCAGUUGUGGUCAGCAUUACCAUGGGAUAUGCCUGGACAUGGCCGUGACCCCUCUAAGGAGGGCAGGUUGGCAGUGCCCUGAGUGCAAAAUCUGCCUGACAUGCAAGAACCCAGGAGAGGACACUAAAAUGCUGGUGUGUGACAUGUGUGACAAAGGCUACCAUACCUUCUGUCUGCAACCUGCUAUAGACUCUCUUCCCACCAACGGAUGGAGAUGUAAGAACUGCAGAGUAUGCAUCCAGUGUGGGACACGAACCAGCAGGCAAUGGCACCACACCAGUCUGCUGUGUGAGAACUGCGUCCAAAACCAGGACCCUGCUCUAUGCUGUCCCAUGUGUGCCUGCAUCCUGGACCCUGAGCAUCAGAAAGACUUACUCCUCUGCCACACUUGUAAGAGAUGGCUACACCUGGAGUGCGAGCGUCAGAACUCAGGCCAAGCAGAAAUCCACCCCAGAGAGGACUAUGUUUGUUCCAACUGCAGGUCUCCUGCUGCAGAGCAGGCGCUACAGGCAGAGGAUAUGGACACCGGCCCAGAGCUCAGCCCUCAGUCAGCCUCCAUGCACACAGACUCUGAGACUGGCCUACAGCUGGCUAAAAAGCACACGGACCUAGAACCUGGCACUCAGCUGCCUCCUGAAAUGCACAAUGACCCCAAACCGGAAUUACUCGCUGUUCCAUUGCACUCAGAUCCAGAGCCUGUUCAGGCUACCGUCCAGGAGGAGAGGCUGGCCACGUCAGCCCAGAAGCCUGGUGGGUCUUUGUUCCAAAAAGAAGUCUCAGUGGAAGCAGACGUUGUCGAACAACAGGUUACUGACCCUUCUGUCAACAAAACUCUAACAGAAUUCAAACCAGAAACAAAACCAGCAGCAAGAGCCCAGCUUACAUCUACAGAGAGUUCCCUGUCUUCAGUGACUCCCAACCAGGGGUCUGAGUCUUUUCCAGCCCAGCUCUCUAUGGAGUCACUACAGACACAGGAUACCACAUUAAAAAUCAAACCAGCAAAGACAGAGGCCUGCCCUGAGGAGGGCAUGGCCAACCCCAGCACAAAGGAUUUUAAGGCCAUCAUCUCAACCACCAAAGAACCAAGUACUGCAUCAGUACCUUUCUCGGACCAACCAAUGGAGAUCUCACUACCCCAGCCUUCGAGUAUGGAUGUAGUCGGGGCUUCUUUCCUGGAAACUGCUCCAAAAGAACUUCUCAAGGAGAGAAAUGAGGGUAUUUUUCACAGGACCCUGGCAGAGACUGUUAAGCCCUCAGCCUCCAGUACAUCAGAGGAGAUGUACACUACACCGGAGAGCAACCCUAAUCUGUCGCUUUCCAGCCUGUCUUCAGAGGAGAAACCACUGAAGACAUCUGUGGAAAGGUUGGCUGAAAUGGUUUCCUCUCCUUCCCACUCUUCCCCUCUGGGCCGAGGGACAUCUCCCAGAGAACCACCCCAGACUCAGAUCCUACCUUCACUGUCUGACCACAGCAGUGUAAUACCCACCACCACACUUAUACCACUUACCCCUAAGAUUGGAAUGGGAAAGCCAGCCAUCACCAAGAGGAAGUUUUCUCCUGGGAGGCCACGAGUGAAACAGGGUGCAUGGAGCCCCCAUAGCAGUGUGAGCUCCCCCUUGUCCUGGUCACCAGACCAGCCAGAGGGGUGGGACGUCCCAAAGACCAGGCAGUUCUCUGGCAACCCCGGCUGGAGCAUCAGAGUGGGUCGAGGCUCAGGCUUCCCUGGGAGGAGGAGGCCCAGAGGGGCUGGUCUGUCAGGUAGAGCUGGACGUGGAAGAGCCAGAGGCAAGAAUGGAGUGAGCCCCAGUAUCAACCCUGGGCUCACCACAAUAGAAACACCAUAUCAAGUCAAAGAGGAGGAGGAGAAUGCCAUGCACAACACAGUGGUCAUAUUUUCCAGCAAUGACAGUUUCACACUAAAACAGGACAUGUGUGUGGUGUGUGGGAGUUUUGGCCUCGGUGCUGAGGGCCGUCUUUUGGCCUGUGCUCAGUGCGGCCAGUGCUACCAUCCAUUCUGUGUUGGCAUAAAGAUCACCAAGGUGGUGCUAAGUAAAGGCUGGCGUUGCCUGGAGUGUACAGUGUGCGAGGCCUGUGGCCAGGCUACAGAUCCUGGCCGCUUGCUGCUGUGUGAUGACUGUGACAUCAGCUAUCACACCUACUGCCUGGACCCUCCGCUGCAGAACGUGCCCAAGGACAGUUGGAAAUGUAAAUGGUGUGUGUCCUGUACCCAGUGUGGCGCCACCACCCCAGGCCUAAGGUGUGAGUGGCAGAAUAAUUACACCCAGUGUGCCCCCUGUGCCAGCCUUGCAACAUGUCCCAUCUGCCUGGUGGACUACAACGAAGGCACCACAAUUCUGCAAUGCCGCCAAUGUGACAGGUGGUUCCAUGCGUCUUGUCAGGGUCUCCAUUCAGAGGAAGAUGUAGAAAAAGCUGCGGAGAGUAGCUUUGAUUGCACAAUGUGCCGAACUUUCAAGACCACUAAAGUUGUGACCAAGGCCAGAGAUGCCAUUGAGCCAGUACUUAUGACACAGAUUGUCACAAAGGCUAAAGAAAUGGAUCUGUCAAGGACCUACACACAGGAUGGAGUUUGCUUGACAGAGUCCGGCCUUUGCCAGCUCCAGAGCUUGUCUGCUACAGCGUCACGCCGCAGGAAACCCAAACCCAAGUUGAAGCUGAAGAUCAUUAAUCAGAACAGUGUGGCAGUGCUGCAGGCUCCUGUAGACCCCCUCUCAGAGCACUCUCGUGAUGAAGACAUGGAGGACAACAGAGAGGCGGAGCUCCUAGAUUGUGAGGCAAAGUCUGACUCGAGCCUGGAGCGCGAGCCAGCAGAAGACGACUCCAAGGGGGCCGAUGGUGGCAAGAAGAGGAAGAGGAAACCGUACAGGCCGGGCAUCGGUGGGUUCAUGGUUCGCCAGAGGAACCGCCCCGGUCAAGGUCCAGGCAAAGCCAAACGAGCCCUCUGCAGAAAGGAUUCCUCUGGCUCUGUGACAGAGAUGCCUAUUGGAAAAGAUGAGGGAUGGACUGAGACUCUGCCUAAUACCCCUGUGGAUGAGGCACCCCCUGGACCAGAGGUUCCAGAAAAAAUAAAGAAACGCUACCGAAAGAAGAAAACAAAACUGGAAGAAGCUUUUCCCACCUACCUGCAGGAGGCAUUCUUUGGAAAGGACCUACUGGACAAAAGCAAGCAAAACAGGCAGCAGGGGGUCGAAUCAGGCUUAUUAGAAGAAGGCCAAAGCCAAGUAGAGAGGAAGCAUCCCACCACCAGCUUCCUGGACCCUUCAUCAGACCCUCUGCUCAGCGCAUCAACAACAUCUCUUCCCACCAGACCAGCAGUAGGACAGACGUCUGAGGAACCAUUAGUUGAUCUAUCUGAUGUUCUGAACACUGAUGCAGACAUCUUGGGAAUGCUCGGAAAGCCAAGCAGUGACUCUGGUCUUGAUUUUUGCCCCUUCCAGGUUGACAGCUCACCUCCUCCUUUUGCUGGCCUGGACAUUGGGCCCCUGACAGACAGUUCCCCAGUGGCGCCCCAGUCGCAGGCUGGGCGAAGGACACCUCGAACCCUCUCAGAGGAGCCCCUGGACGGCAUUCUCAGCCCAGAGCUAGACAAGAUGGUCACUGAUGAAUCAAUUCUCAGCAAACUUUACAAAAUUCCAGAGCUGGAGGGUAAAGAUGUGGAGGACCUCUUCACAGCAGUCCUUAGCCCCAGCACGAGCCAACCACCUCCACCACAGGUGCCUCACCCCCAGGGUCCAGGGCCCCUCCCUGCCACACCUGGCACUAGUAUGCCUCAUCCCAAUGCAGGGAAUUCCAUGUUUCCAAGGAUGCCAAUGAUCAACGGUAUGAUGGGACCAAACCAACGCUUCCCUACAAAUCCAGGCGCCGGGCCUUGCAUCCCAGAAAAUUUCCCUCCCCUUAACCGUAUGCCUUUCACUGACAAUCCAAGGGAUAGAAAGUUUAAUCAGAUGCCUAGAGAUGCAGUUGGCCCAUGGCCAUCCCCUGCCCAUGGCUCCGGCCCUACACCCCCUGGAUCUCUGCCCGAAGGGGAGACUGAAGCCAUGUCAAAUGCCCAAAGGAGCACACUCAAGUGGGAGAAGGAGGAGACACUUGGAGAGCUAGCAACUGUAGCGCCCGUCUUGUAUACCAAUGUCAAUUUCCCCAACCUCAGAGAAGAUUACCCAGACUGGUCUACAAGAGUAAAGCAAAUUGCAAAACUCUGGAGGAAAGCUAGUUCACAAGACAGGGCCCCAUAUGUGCAAAAGGCAAGAGAUAACCGAGCAGCCCUGCGCAUCAACAAAGUCCAGAUGUCGAAUGAGACGGUGAAGAGGCACCAUCCACAGCAACAGCCCCCUGAGGUGUUUGAUCCCAACAUACCACUAGACACAGAACUGCUGUUUAAAGACCCUUUGAAACCAAAAGAGUCAGAGCAUGAACAAGAGUGGAAGUUUAGACAGCAAAUGAGGCAGAAAAGCAAACAGCAAGCCAAAAUUGAAGCCACUCAAAAAUUGGAGCAAGUUAAGAAUGAACAACUCCAGCAGCAACAACAGCAGCAGCAACAGCAAGGCAACAGCCAAUCAGAGGGAGAUGGCAAUAACAGUGGUAACCAGAGCCCAGCCUCCCAGCCCAGCAAUGGCAGCAUGUCCCCCAUGCAGCAGUUCAACUCUAAAGAAGGCUUUGCAAGACCGCAGCUACCAGGGACGCCCACUUCAUGUCCUCCAGAGGAUGUAUUCUUACGACCCCCUCCUCCGCCUCCAUCUGGCCCUUCCUCCCAACCUCAGUCCCCACAGGUAUUCUCACCAGGUUCCUCCGGUUCCAGACCCUCUUCUCCGUGGGACCCUUAUGCCAAGAUGGUUGGGACCCCAAGACCACCAACUCUUGGGCCAAAUACAUGUCGCAGAAUGCCCGUGGAAUCUGGUAAAUCUCCCACCUCCUUGAUGGACCAACAGGACAGAGGGAGGCCCUCUCCGGCUCAUGAAUCUUUUGGCUCUCCAACAUCCAUGAGCAGCGACCCUUAUGCCAAACCUCCUGACACCCCAAGGCCAACUGGGGAAAUGGACCCUUUCCUGAAGCCCAUGGGUCCCCCUAGGGUCAGUCAGGCUGCUCAGGGAAGGCCCCCAAUGGGUUCUCCAGGCAGAGACCCAUACUCGAGGCCCAUGAUAAGAAAUGAGGCCUAUCAGCGCAUGGCCCAGAACAGGAUGAUCUUGUCCGACCCUUACUCAAGGCCUUUACUAGCACCAAUCCCUGGAAGUAAUGAGUCUGGCUCGGUCCCUCUGUUCAAAACUCCUAUGCCCCCUCCUCAGGCUCAGGAUCCCUUCAACCGACCAGGUCCCCAUCCUACUGACAGGUUCCAGAAUCACCAGAAUGAUCCCUAUGCUCAGCCUCCACAUACUCCAAGACCAUCUGGGAAUGACAACUUCACCAGUCCUCCCAGAAUGGGCCAGCAUCACCCUCAAGUGCACUCAUUUGCUCAGCCAGGACCAAUGACUCAAAUGUCUAGAAAUCCUUAUGCUCAUGCACCUUCCACGCCAAGGCCUGACCACUUCAUAUAUGACCCCUUUGCCCAGCCCUCUGGUCCCAACAAGCCAGCCACUGACCCUUUCUCUCAGUCUGCAGGUAACCAACGAUCCAUCAACGAACCCAGUGCUCAACCUCGCCCAUUUUUUGAGCCCUAUGCCCGACCUCCCGGCACCCCACGUCCACAUGAUAACUAUGGUCAGCCUUCAAACACCCCUAGCCCAUCCUCAGACCCUUACUCACAGGCUCCUUCUACUCCUCGGCCCAGUGGGAUGAACCAGUUCGCUCAUCAGUCACACCCUGGACAGAGGAUGUCACCUUCACACUCAAUGGACCCUUAUGCACAGCCACCAGGUACUCCACGACCAUCUGUGGGAGAGAGGUUUUCCAAGUCACCAGGUAGCCAGAGGGGACCAAUAGAGCCUUUUACUAGUACACCUGGGACAUCAAGGCCAGGGGCUAGUGACAUGUUUUCCCAGCCUGGGGCCCUGAGACCAAUGCUUAAUGACCCCUACGCCCAGCCACCAGGGACCCCACGGCCUGGACCUGAUGGGCUUACGAGACAAGGGCCAAGAAUGGGACCAAUGGGAAACCAGGAUCCUUUCUCCCCGCCUCAAGGCAGGCUUCAAGAGCCCUUCCCUCAUCCAGGUUCACAAACACCAAAACAUCCUAGUGUUUCAGAUGAUGGAUUUACGCAAUCACCCUCGAGAAGACCCAGUCAGACACCUGGCCAUGAUCCAUUUGAACAGGCCCCCAUGACCCCUCAUCCACAGUCAACAGACAAAAUGGAAAUGAAAGAUCAGUCAGGUGUGGGUAACAAUGGAGCUGUCCCUCAAGACCCAGGUCAACUGACUAACAACCCACAAAUGCCCGGUGCUCCCUCUGAGGCUCAGGGUGUUGCUCUUGCUGAGAGCGAGGAAAGACUCAGACAGCGACAACGAAUUAGAGAAUUAAUCCUCAAGCAGCAGCAACAGAGGAGUGCUAUUCGACAGGAGAGGGGCCCUCAGGAGGCUGCUGGUAACAUGGCCCCAGGAACACCACGGCCCUGGCCCCAGGAGGGACUUGGGCAACAGGGGGAAAUGUUCAACCGGCCUCCUCCACCUUAUCCAGGACAAGGACCCAUGAGAGGGCCAAUGAGGUUUCCUGGACCUUUUCCAGGUGAUCAGCGUGUCCCUUUCCCUAAUGAGGGACAAAUCCUCCGGGGCCCACAUCCUGGAGAUCCUAAUUUGAGACAUCAGGGACCAAGGUUUGCAUUUCCACCUGGGGUUCUUGGACCUCAUGGGGCCCAAGAGUUCUUUCCCCGGGGACAGCACCCAAUGCAGGAUGUCCCUCCUCAAAUGAGACGGUCUAUGUCUGCCGAAAUGGCAAAGAAUAUGGGUGGCAACCCUAUGGGGCUGUCCCAGCACUUCCCACCACGUGGUAUGCCAGUGCAGCAACACAACAUAAUGGGUCAGCCUUUCAUAGAGCUGCGACACAGAACAGCAGAAAACAGGCCACGUAUGCCAUUUCCCCCAGGUGCUAUGCAAGGAAGCAACAUGGAUCCCAACAUGCAGGGUCAAAGGCUACCAGGCUUUCCAGGAGCUCCCGAUUCCAGGUUCCCUUUAAAUCAGGGACUUAGGAUGGUAGACCCCAUGGCCAGCCAGACUGGCCAUGUACAGCUAUCUGCCAGCAUGGACAAUCUUCAUCAGCAAGUCCAAAUGUCAGGAAACAACACACUCAAACAAUCUUCUUUGAUGAGAUCCAUGAGCCAGCCUGCUUCAAGUGUGACCCAGAACAUGGCAGCAUCUAUGAUCCUGACUGCACCCCCUGCUGGGCAGACUGAGACAGUGGCCAGCAGUGAUGCUGUGGAGGAGAAACUGGAUGCAGAAGAGUCAGCAGUCAAAGAUCUUGAGGACGUGGAGGUAAAAGACUUGGUGGAUGCUGACUUGGAAAACCUAAAUUUGGAUCCUGAUGAUGGCAAAGACCUAGAUCUAGAGACAAAUGACCUACACCUUGAUGACUUUCUGACAUCUGGGAAGUUUGACAUCAUUGCCUAUACAGACCCUGACCUAGAUGACAUCAAGAAAGACAUGUUUAAUGAGGAACUGGAUCUCAGUGAUCCUAUGGAUGAUCAUGCUGACACCACAGACAUCAACAAAAAUCCAAGCACAGGAACCGAGGCUUCAUCCAGUUCAGCCUCUGUACUGGCAAAGUCAGAGGCCUCAGUUGAGCAGUCCUCAGCUGAAGUCAAGCUAGAAGCCACUGGGAGUCAGGACUCUGCUUCUUCGGCACCUGGGCAGGAAAUUAAAACAGAGGUCAAGGACUGUCAGAAACCCCCUGAGGUGUCAGACCAGCAAGCCAUUGGAAACACCUUAACUGCAAACCAGCAGGGAGUGCUCUCUGACUCCACCCCGGUCCUGUCUAGUUUACUCAUUAAACAGCAGCCUGAAGAGCAGUCAUUAAAUCCAAUCGUUGAAUCUGUCAAUCAAGGAGGUAACCUCAUGCCCCAGCAGAACCAAGUCACUGACGCUCCGCAUACAUCCGGACUUACAAUGACUCAAACAAUACCUGACGCCACCACUGCAGGAGAAGCUUCUAUGGCUGGCUUUGGGGCAGACCACCAGGUGGGCCUAGCCUCUGGAAUAGACCAGAGCAAUCUGACCCAGGCACAGCAGGCGGCGUUAAACCAGGCAUUGGGUCAGCACGGCCAGCACCGUCCUCUUCUGCUAGAGGAACAGCCACUCCUAUUGCAGGACCUCCUCGACCAGGAGAGGCAGGAGCAACAGCAGCAGAGGCAGAUGCAAGCCAUGAUACGACAGCGCUCCAGUGACUCCUUCUUCCCCAACAUCGAUUUUGAUGCCAUCACUGAUCCCAUCAUGAAAGCUAAAAUGGUUGCCCUGAAAGGCAUCAACAAAGUCAUGGUUCAGAACAACAUGGGAAUGACCCCAAUGGCCAUGAACAGAUUUCCUCCUGGUCCUGUAGCACCUUGUCCUGAAAGCACACCGCUUCCUCCACAAGUUGUUGGACAGGAUGGCAAAUUGACACAAGUAGCAAGACCAAAUCCUCCCAACUUUGGCCCAGGAUUUGUCAACAAUGCUCAGAGGGCUCAGUACGAGGAGUGGCUCCAGGAGACUCAGCAACUACUUCAAAUGCAGCAGAAGUUUCUGGAAGAGAAGAUUGGGGCUCACAGGAAGUCUAAGAAAGCCCUGUCUGCCAAACAGAGAACAGCUAAGAAGGCAGGCAGAGAGUUCCCUGAGGAGGACGCUGAGCAGCUCAAACAUGUCACAGAGCAGCAGGGUGUAGUGCAGAAACAACUGGAGCAGAUCCGCAAGCAACAGAAGGAGCAUGCUGAACUGAUAGAGGAGUACCGAGUGAAACAGCAGCAAAACAAUAUGACACCCAUAAUGCCUGGGAUGCACCCAAUGCCAGGCCCUGCUGGCAUGGUCCCCAGUGGACCCCCUAUGGUCCCCGGUGGACCCCCUAUGGUCCCCGGUGGACCCCCAAUUGUCCCCGGUGGGCCACCAAUGGUCCCCGGUGGGCCACCUAUGGUCCCCGGUGGGCCACCUAUGGUCCCUGGUGGGCCACCGAUGGUCCCCAGUGGACCACCAAUAGGCCCCAGUGGGCCACCGAUGGUCCAGCCUCCAAUGAACCCUAUGAUGCAGAUGCCACUUCAUCCUGGCCAGCCAAAUGCCCCUCAGUGUAUACCCAACCCACCACCUGGUUGGCAUCCUGGUGGUGGACCAGGAAUGCCACCUAUAAUGCCCCCCCAGGUACCUGUAGUAAAUCCAGGCCAACCUCAUCAGAUGGCAAUAGGUAACAUACCUCAGCACGCACAAAUGCCUGUGGAUCCCCAGGCAACACCAGCUCCACCAGGUGGUCCAAAACCCAUGCAGGCAGGUGGUGUGAAGUUUGAUGACAACAACCCAUUCAGUGAAGGCUUCCAGGAGCGCGAGAGGAGGGAGAGGCUUCGGGAGCAGCAGGAGAGACAGCGGGUGCAGCUAAUGCAGGAAGUUGAACGACAGAGAGCCCUGAAACACCGUAUGGAAAUGGAGCAGCAAGGGAUGAUGGGCCCAGACGGGAACAUGGCACCGCUCGCUCAGAUGCCUUUUUUUAAUGCAGAGCUGCCACAGGACUUCAUGCAGCCACAGAGGCCUCCUCUGCAACAACAGCAACAACUUGGACCAAUGUUCCCCCAGCAGCAGGGCAUGCAGCCUGGUAUGGGCUCACCACCAGGGACGUUUAUGCAAGGUGAAAGGAGAGCCAUGAUGGGCAAUGGAAUGAUGCCCCGUGACAUGGGGCCUAGCUUUGGGUCUGAUAAUCUUCCCCUACAAGCACCUAACUUUCCCCAGGGUCAGCCCAGACCUCGUCAGUUCAGUGGACCAGGAAUGAUGCUUCAGAUGCCAGGAGAGGGUCCACCAUUUGGAAGUGACUCAGCUACACCUCUGCCAUCAAACUUUCCGGGCUCGGGUCAGUCUCUAAUCCAACUUUACUCCAACAUCAUCCCAGAUGAGAAAGGGAAAAAGAAGAGGAACCGCAAGAAGAAGAAAGAUGACGAUGCAGAUUCAGUCAAGACACCUUCAACUCCACACUCAGACCUUACAGCCCCUCUCACACCAUGUGUGUCAGACACCUCCUCAACUCCAACAAGAAACACCCAUCUCUUCGGUGACCAGGACUUGUCAAGGUCCCCCUUACUGGGAUCUUCUACCCCCAGUCACUCAGAGCUGGAGAGGCAGCUUUCUGGUGGCCAGUCCGGACAUACUGGUCACUUAUCAGACACAGCAAGAACCCAGGCUCAGGAACAUGACAGGAUCCUUAACAACAUAAAGCUGGAGCAGACUGAUGUCAGCGAGUGUCAUGGGCCACGAGACGGGCACAUGGGCUCAGAAAUGAGCUCUGUGAAGGAAGAGGGUAACAAAGGGAGUGUGUCUCCCUUCCCCACAGGGCAAAGUCCAAACAAGGGGGAGGCUGGCAAUGAACUAUUAAAACACCUUCUGAAGAACAAGAGCACACCUCCACCUGGAUUUUCCCAACAGAGGUCAGAGGAGAGCAUGCGCUCAGAGGAGGAGGAUCCCACAGACUGCAAAUCCCUGCUGAGGCAAAGCUCCAUGGACAGCAACGGGGCAUAUUCCGAUGGCAUCCCAGACUUUCCUGGACCUCUGCUCCCUGAACAGGAGAAGAAGAAAGGGAGGAACAAAAGGGCUCCGAAAGGAGGGGAGAAACCUGCCUCUCGCUACAAGAAGAGGAAGAAGGAAGGGGACGAGAGGCAACUGAUGCACUCUGGUCCUGACAGUGUGAUGACUCAAAUCAAACAGCAGCUCUCCCUGCUGCCCCUCAUGGAGCCAUUGAUCGGGGUCAACUUUGCCCAUUUCGCUCCCUAUGGCAGCGGCCAGCUUAAUGGAGAGAACCUCCUGUCUGGUACCUUUGGCAGCGCUUCACUUGAUGGAGUCUCAGACUACUACUCCCAACUGGCCUAUAAGCAGAGUAACCUGAGCAAUCCACCGACACCACCUGCGUCUCUUCCUCCCACCCCGCCACCUGUGAACCGCCAGAAAAUGAUCAAUGGAUUUGCCACAACAGAAGAGCUUGCCAGCAAAGCUGCUGCCAUGGUGUCCAAAGGCCUGGUCCCAAAGCCACUACAUGUCCCAUUUAGGACUGAGGAAGAUCUACUAGCCCGGGCCAUCGCACAAGGACCCAAAACUGUGGAUGUUCCAGCCUCCCUCCCCACCCCUCCUCACAACAACCAGGAGGAGCUCAGUAAUAGAGGACAGGAGCCUUGUAAGGACAGGGACACACCUGACAGUUUUGUUCCAUCCUCCUCUCCUGAGAGUGUGGUUGGCAUGGAGAUCAGUCGCUACCCAGAUCUGUCUCUGGUAAAGGAAGAACCACCAUCCCCCUGCUUGUCUCCUGUCCUGCCCAUGCUUCCUGCACCUGCUGGGAAAGGGUCAGAAAUCAAACUGCAGGAUAUCAAAACGGAGCCUUCUGCAAUGUUUUUCGGCUCCCCCUUUGGCCCCGUGUCGAAUGAUUCCAAACAAGGGCUGGUGUCUGUAGCUAUCACACUGAGACCAGCUGCAGCAGAGAACAUCACAGGUGUAGUGGCAGCCAUUUCAGACCUACUGUGUGUUAAGAUCCCCAGUAGCUACGAGGUGAGCAGCACCCCAGACAGGGGAUCUCUAUCUAUACUCAGCGGUACAAGGGUGGGCCCCCAUGGCAUGGAGUCUCGGCCUCCCAUGCUCUUCCAAGGACAAGGAGACAAUGGUGGGCUUCUCGGACGUCCGGGGCAAAUGAUAAGGCCGGCUGGAGCUCAGGCGAUGAUGAUGCAGCAGCAGCAGCAGGCCCAUCAUUUCCGUUUCCAUCCCAACAGCCCAGGUGCAGCUCUCGCCCGAGGACAUGACCAGAAGACCCCCGCCAGCCCUGGAUGUAAACCUCACUGGUGCUGCCACUGUAAGGUGGUAGUUCUGGGAAAUGGAGUGCAGAAAUCCAUCAAAGAUCUUCCCGCUCACAUGAAGCAAUCUGAAGGCCGUUUGAAAUCCGAAGAAGACCUGGUCUUCUGCAGUCACAGCUGUUUCCUUCUCUACUGUUCAUCACCACUGCAAUCCAGAUCAACCACAGAAACUAAGGAAUCCGUGUCUCUUCUCCCUGCCUCGGAGCAAACAGAGAGCCUGAAUAAGAUUCUGCACCAGUACAGCAACAACAUGUCAUCACUGGAUGUUCACUGCCUGGCCCAGCUUCAGCCCAAACAGUCUCCCCCCUCUACUCCUCCUAUUCCCUUCCCCACAGCAGGUGAGACAUCCAAGACAGAGGCCAAGUCUGAUGCUAUCAAAGUGACAGUGAAGCUGAAGGCCCGGCCAAGGUCUCAUGACGGCUGGCAUCAGGGGAAGAGACAGAAAGGACUCCGCUGGAGGAAGUGGACCGUCCAGGUGGUGGUGCCAAGAGGGAAUUCCCAACUCCCUGAUGAGGAUAAGAUUGAUGAGCUCCUGAAGAAACUCGGGGCCUCCCUGCGCCCUCCUGCCUUACUCCGGGACCAGAGGCGGUGCUGUUUCUGCCACCAGUUUGGAGACGGGAUCACUGAUGGGCCUGCUAGGCUUCUUAAUCUAGACCUUGAUGUAUGGGUUCACCUAAACUGUGCCCUGUGGUCAACCGAGGUGUACGAGACGCAGGCUGGCGCCCUCAUCAACGUCGAGCUUGCACUGCGUCGCGGCCAAACAGUACGCUGUGCUUACUGCCAACAGACUGGAGCCACCAGUGGCUGCCACCGCCUGCGCUGUACCAACGUCUACCAUUUCACCUGCGCUCUGCAAGCUCAGUGCACCUUCUUCAAGGACAAGACCAUGCUUUGUCAUGCCCAUAGGCCCCGGGGAACAGCUGGACAAGCACUGGAGCAUGAGCUGCGUUGCUUCGCCGUCUUCCGUCGUGUCUACGUUCAAAGAGACGAAGUACGUCAGAUUGCCACCGCUGUGCGGCAGCCCGAGUUAGGCUACACCUUUCGAGUCGGCAGCCUGGUGUCGCAUGCAAUUGGCCAACUAACCCCUCUACAAAUCGCGACCUUCCAUUCCCCAACGGCGAUCUUUCCAGUUGGCUAUGAGGCUUGCCGCAUCUACUGGAGCAUGCGCCACGGCAACCGCCGUUGCCGCUACGUCUGUUCUGUUGAGGACCGAGAAGGACUGCCCGAGUUUACCAUCAGAGUCAUCGAACAGGGCUACCAAGACCUGGUCCUGACUGACGCCUCUGCUAAAGGAGUGUGGGAUAAGGUUCUGGGUCCUGUUGCUGAGAAAAGAACUGAAUCAGGAACUCUAAAGCUCUUCCCCAUUUACCUGAAAGGAGAGGACUUGUUUGGACUCACAGUCCCUGCAGUCACAAAGAUCACUGAAUCGCUCCCAGGAGUGGAGGCGUGUGUCAGGUACUCAUUCCGUUAUGGACGCAACCCUCUCGUAGAGUUGCCUCUUAUGUUCAACCCAGCUGGCUGUGCCCGAGCCCAGCCAAAAACCAGCUCUCCUUGCCCUUCACUGGUGAUAAGGCCACAACCACAGGUUGUUUCCAGCAGCAGUGCAAGGUCUAACCAGAAUGUAGCUCAAGGAGAAGGUGGUGCCCCCCAUAGCAAGCCUCCAGUAGUGCACCCGAGGUCUUCUCAGUACCGCUGGAUGAAGAGUGAGUGGAGAGCCAACGUCUAUCUGGCCCGCUCCCGUAUCCAGGGCCUGGGGCUGUUUGCUGCCAGAGACAUUGAAAAACAAACUAUGAUGAUUGAGUACAAUGGAACCAUCCUCCGAAAUGAGGUUGCCAUCAGCAAGGAGAAGAUCUACAGAUCUCAGAACCGAGCAGUGUUCAUGUUCCGCAUCGACAGCGAACAUGUUGUUGAUGCCACUCGAACUGGAGGGCUAGCAAGAUAUAUCAACCACUCUUGUGGCCCAAACUGUGUUGCUGAGGUGGUCACAUUUGAAAGGGGUUACAAAAUCAUCAUCAGCUGCAUUCGCAGAAUUGAAAAAGGAGAGGAGCUGUGUUUCGACUACCAGUUUGACACUGCGGAGGGUCAGCACAAGAUCGCUUGCCACUGUGGAGCUCCCGAAUGCAGGAAGUGGAUUAACUGAGGAAACACAAAAAACAACAAAUCUAAAUGCAUUCCUUGCUUAUAUAGUGUGGAUGCUGCACAGAGGGGGAAAAAAAAGGCUUCACACUAAAAAAAAAAAGAAAAAUGAAAAAAAAAAGUCGUUUUAUGAAUGAGCAGAAGGCCUGAACCCUUUGGAGAGAUGACUGAAUUUAUGUUGUUGGUUCAUCAAGAGCAAGGAAAACAACUGGGCGGAGGAAGGGAAAUGUAACACAGUAGCAGGAUGUGACUUGUGCCAUAUGUGGGAGGCUCUGUUGUAUGAGAUGCCUCUGUUUGUCUGUCUGUAUGUAUCCGUGUGUUUGGUGUACAUGGGGUGCGGAAUCCACCAGCGAAUGAGAAAGCACUGUGCAGGGUGCGGCCUUAUUGCUUACUAAGGGCAGGCCCUUUUGUUUCAUACUGUUAAUGUAUACCGUAUGACUAAAUGUAGACAUCACUGAAUGAGGAAUGUACAGCAAUGAAUACUGCGAAGGGAAUAUUAACUUGCACUAAAAAAAAGAAAAUAAACAAAAAAAACACAGACACACACACACACACACACACGAAAACUUUUAAAAUACUUGAUUCCAUGAGUCAGUUUUAUCAUAGGUCUCUGUCAUGUGAUUUGUGUGGAAUUCGAGAGGUUUUGUAUUUAUUACUGAGUGAAUGAAUUUUAUUCUCAAAAUGAUGAGAUUGAGUUAAAGAAGGCUAGAUUGCUAUUGUUUUUGAAGAUUGAGGAAGACAUGCUGUUACUUUUGUAUAAAUGUACAUAAAGAAAACUAUAGGAAUAACCGACCAAAUACUACCUUAACCUUCUUGAUGUUUGGGUGUUUUUAAAUUGUUUUUGUUCUGUUUGUCAUUGAAAUUUAUUUAAGAUGGACGUUAUUUCAGUUUGAGAGUAUAUAUUAUGAUUAUUCUGUACAGAAUUUGUAAUAUAACCACAAUAAUUCACAAAGUAUUUUUGUUGUAUUAAAAGUAAGGUAUUGUAGCGUAGUGUUUUGUGACUUACACAUACUUUGACCACUCAAAAAAGAAAUAUUUUUGUUGACUAACGUAACAAGUUAUCGGUUACAGAAUCGAGAGAGGGGGAAAAAAGCAAAAACAAAAAAAAAA